AUGACCGAGGCUACCAUAGCGUGGGAAACUGACGAUAUCAUAGCUCACGCCAUCCUGGAAAGCUACGAGAACAGCGUCUCGCGUGACUUUGCGGCCGACAUCGCAGCUGGCGAGGCCUCUAUGAAUUGUUUAUCUACUCCUUUCCCGUUUUCUACUUCGUCCGAGCAUUCCCUCCGAGCGAAAUUUUUAGCUUAUGCUGCGUAUCUGGAAGAACAUCCGGCGACCCUUGCCCUGGAUUUUUCUUACACACUACGGCAAAGGCGAUCGGCCCUGAAAUACCGGAUUUCGUUCCCAGCAACAUCAUCUGAGGAUCUCAGAUCUCAGAUUACCGCCAAACUUGACAAUGACGAUGGUGCAAGUCCCCUCGGUACCAGGGCGCAAAGAAAGUCCAUAAUACUCGCAAUCUUCAACGAUGCCCCAAAAUGGUCGCUCCAGUCUGAGCUGCUCUUUGGAGAUGGAGUUUCUCGCGUACACGAGGCCGCCAUUUCACAACCAUUGUGUACGGCUAUUCAAAUUAUGCUGGUUGAUCUUUUGCGGGCGGCCCAUGUGGAGUUUGAUGCAGUCAUUGGACAUUCAUCUGGCGAAAUUGCCGCAGCAUAUGCCGCUGGCUAUCUUUCAGCUCGCGACGCCAUUUGCGUUGCCUAUUACCGCGGGUUGCAUUGUCAAUACGCAGCAAGCCCCAACGGCCCCAUCAAGGGUUCCAUGCUGGCUGUCGGAACCACUUUUGAGGAUGCAACGGCACUGAGUGAGAUGGAAGAAUUCGCAGGUCGUGUCAGCAUCGCCGCUGUCAACUCGUCAUCGAGCGUAACCAUCUCAGGGGACAAGGACGCCAUUGAGGAACUACAGGUCAUUUUGGAUGACGAGAAAAAGUUCAAUCGGCUCCUCAAGGUCGAUCAAGCGUAUCAUUCCAAACAUAUGCUCCCAUGUGUCGUCCGGUACGUCGAGGCGAUGCAGCAGGCAGGCGUCACAACUCAGUCACAUUCGUCUCAGUGCAGUUGGUUUUCUAUUGUCUACGAUGGCCAACCUGUUAGCUCUUCGGAUGUUGUCUUGAGUAACUUGUAUUGGGCCGAGAAUAUGACGAGUUCGGUCUUGUUCUCCGCAGCACUUGGGAGUGCCCUAUCCGCGAGCACAGAGUAUCGCGCCGUCCUCGAAUUCGGCGCUCAUCCGGCUCUCAAAGGACCUGCUUCACAAACAAUCGACGAAACGCUAGGAGAGUCCAUCGUUUACCACGGAACGCUCUUUCAUGGCGCAGAUGCUAUCCAAUCCGUCUCUGCCAGUCUUGGCUUUGUGUGGUCUCAUCUUGAUGUUGGAGCAGUUGACUUGGAUACCUACAACACGGCCGUGGGUGGCAAAGAGACAAAGAAAGAACGUCUCAAUCUCAUCAAAGGUCUUCCAACUUACCAGUGGAAGCACGAGACUAAGUACUGGCAUGAGUCUCGAACAUCCAGGCAUAUAAGCCAACGACAGCAAACCUCCCAUUCACUGCUCGGACAUGUCAGCCCAGACAGUGCGCCUCAUAACCUGUGGUGGAAGAACGUUUUGAAGCCCAAUGAGAUAGAUUGGUUGGAGGGCCAUAAGCUCCAGAACCAAGUCGUUUUUCCAGCCGCUGGAUACGCCUUUACCGUGUUUGAAGCUGCCCGCUCUCUGGCAAACAUUCAGACCAACCGGAUCGAAGCCAGGUUCACGUACUCAGCCAACGUGGGAGGUCAAGAUGCAGAUUUAUCCCUUACAGCUGAAGCAGAGGUAGUUGUCCUGCUAGGAACUCCAUUGCUCGACCUGCUUCCCAAACGUGAAGCAACACCGACCCAUCUGAUAGACGUUGAGCCAUGGCGACUACGAGAAGACCGGUCAAAACAAGGUCUUGGUUUUUCGGGCCACGUGAGAAUCUAUAGCGAAGGCCGUCAAUCUGCAGCUAUCCAAGCAGAUGGCAUCAGCUUCGUUCCUUUUGCCGGCGCCAUCAACGAAGAUAGGAAUGUGUUCUAUAGGCUGCAUUGGGUUCUGAGCAAGCCUGACGGGACUAUCGCAGCAAAGGACUUUCCUGUCACGCAACAAGAUAAUGACCUGACGUGGGCGCUGAGUCGGAUUGCGGCUUACUACCUCAGAAAAUUUGACGAGGAAGUCCCGGAGGACUCACCAGUGAGGUCCGACGGAUACCUCCGCUACUAUCUUGCCUAUGCUCGACACAUGACAGCAUCGCUCCGUGCGGGUACUCACAAAUACGGCAAGCUAGACUGGAUUCAUGACACUGCUGCUGUGAUUAAGAAGGAGCUCGACAUCAAAGGACUAUCGAACAACCCCGACGUGCAGCUUAUGUUCAUUGUAGGCGAAAAAAUGCCCCAGGUCUUUCCCGGGGAGACUUCGGCGAUAGAGCAUCUGCGCUCAUCGGGCCUGUUAGAUCAAUACUAUGCUGAUGGUUUCGGCAUGUUCCAGUCUUGCCGAUGGCUCGGUGCUGGCACCGGGAGUGCUACGAAGCAUAUCCUUAACGCCAUAGACCAAAGUUUCAACAGAUACACGUACACCGACGUAUCAUCCAGCUUUUUUGAGAACGCUGGUGAUUUGUUCUCCAAAUGGAAAGAGCAUAUGGAUUUCAAGGUCUUGGAUGCUGAGAAGAGUCCUACUCAACAAGGGUUUUCCGAAGGUUCAUUCGACCUCUUGGUUGCAUCAUUUGUCUUACACGCCACGACCAGGCUGGAAAACACGAUGCACAACCUUAGAAGGCUCAUGAAGCCCGGCGGUCUUCUGGUUGUCGCUGAGGGUAGCAGUGACGGCCUGCUUCUAGCUAGAGAUAGUUUUAUCUUCGCUUCCCUCCCAGGCUGGUGGCUUGGAGUUGAUGAAGGCCGUAUCUUGACGCCAUUAGUCAACAUUGAUGAAUGGGAACGCAUUCUCAAAAACACUGGCUUCUCGGGAAUAGAUACAAUCUCGCCACCAGAGUAUCAAGAGAGCCUGGGCAUCAUCCUCUUUGUGUCACAGGCCAUUGAAAACCGGAUCACGCUUCUUCGCGAACCGCUUUCUGCCGGGUCUGGACUUGAAAAGUUGGUAAUUGUAGGGGGUAAGACGAAUUCAGUCAGCACCGUGAUCCGACAACUCGAGGAGCUAUUACACCACGAAGCCAAUGAGAUUAUUGUAUACACAUCACUCGAGCAAGUCGAUUAUGAUAUCGUCACUCCUGGUUCCGUGGUCGAGAAAACUCUCCUUUGGGUCACUCGUGGUCGACUGGAAGAUAAUCCGUGGUCGAACAUGACGGUGGGGUUCGGCCGGUCCGCGGUGCAGGAGAUACCCGAUCUCCGCCUUCAAUUUCUGGAUAUCCCGGAUGUCGGGAACUACGAACCUCGGAUGAUAGCCGAAACCCUCCUUCGUUUGCAUGAAACCCACGUUGAUGAUGGGAGUACAGUGGUGACCACCAUUGAACCCGAGAUCAUUAUGGAUGCCGAAGGCCGACAGCAUGUGCCCCGGCUGCAUGGCAUCCGUGCCAUGAAUGAUCGUUAUAACUCUGCUCAGCACCCUAUCACCCACCAGAUUGACAUGGACAAGUCGGUUGUUGAAUUACAGCCAGACCCCUAUGGUGGCUCCCCUGUCAGACAACUGUCGAGGUUUGAACUUUAUGAUGCUUUCAAGCAGGGGAAAGACACAACAAUGGUGGAGUUGCGAGUCACCCAUAGCGUCUUGUCCACUAUCAGAACACCUAUCGGACAUCAAUUCCUAAUAAUUCUAGGUGUGGACUCGUGGGGCGCUCAUCAUCUAGCUCUCGCUUCCUCCGUGACGUCACGCUUAAUCAUUCCCAAGACCUCGACUGCACCCUACAACUUGGCGGACUUCCAAGAUGCCAUUGCCUUCCUCGGUAAUUCCGCUUCUCAGCUUGUCGCUCUCGCGAUUCUUGAUCCUCUCGUUGCUAGACAUCGAGCAGCGGUUCACAACUUCCCAAACCUCAUCUCGCAAGCUAUCGAUGCACAGGCUCUUGCCAAGAACAUAAGCGUGCUACGCACAAAUGAUCACCCUGAAGAGAACGAGCGCUUUGUCCUCUCCAGUCUUCCGUUGCACUGCCGCAGAGAAACUGCCGAGACUCUCUUUGGCUCACAUGCUGUUGAUUGCACCGUCACCUCGGCUGGCAUUCUCGGCCUGAUCCUGAAAAAUGUUGUUGCUUUCGCAAAAGGCUCCACCCUCAGACAAAGCCAAGAUGCCCAAUUCGAGCUUUCAGUGGCUAGCCUCGAAAGAUUUGGUUGCAACAGCUGGCCAGAUGAUCCUAUGACGAUUAUUAAUUGGACGAGUGCGAUAUCGUUGCCAGCUUGGGUCACCAGACUCGACAUCGUUCCCCAACAGAUUAUUAUAGCUUUGCCGCAAAUAGUCGGGGUUUUGAACGGGGCAAUGGUGUUGAGAGAUGUCUCAAUUGCAAACAUGACGUUUGAGCAACUACCAGAUGUCAUCUAUCCGAAAGUCUUAGGAAGUGAGAACCUUGAUCGAAUCUUCCACGAUAACAACCUCGACUUCUUCGUCCUCCUUUCAUCCAUCACGUAUAUUUUUGGAAAUACGGGGCAGGCUAACUACGGGGCGGCUUACUUGGGCCUAUGCGGCAUCGCUUCUAAUCGAAGGAAGCGUGGCCUGGCAUCGUCCGUUGCCAACGUAGGAGCUAUCAUCGGCGCUGGCUACCUCCAGAGGCAGAGGGAUAGCACGCUCCGUGCCACAGUGCACAAAGUAGCCAUAAUGCCGCUAUCGGAGGAAGACCUCCACCAGAUGUUUGCGGAAGCGGUAGAAACCGGCAAUCUGGACUCUCCUGAUGGGCCGGAGAUAUCAACGGGGCUCCUCGACAUUGUGCCAAAGUCGACUGCAACUCCGAAAUGGUUCUCCCAUCCCAAAUUCUCACAUUUUGUCUUCCAUAAGACCGCUAGCAACAGGGACACAAAAGAACAGACAGCAGCGACGACUAUCCAAAUCAACGUCAAGGAUGUCGUUCCCGACAGGAUGUUUCAGGAACUUGGGUUCGAUUCUCUUAUAUCGGUGGACAUCCGAACUUGGUUUCUUAAGAAUUUCCAGGUCGGCAUCCCUGUAUUGAAAAUCAUGGGCAAUCAGGGUAUGAUGCAUUUGGUCGAGUUUGCAGCUGAAAGCAUCCCGGAAGAGCCAAUUCCAAGGGUAACACAAGGUGAGAAGGAGAACCAACCAAAGGACAGCGUGGUAGAUUCCAGCAGCCAAAGCAGUCAAGCUGCACCAGAGGAAACUGGAACGGCUGGUUCUGUCUCAACUGGAUCAUUGACGGUUAUCAAUGACAGGUCGAUGGAUGGUUCUAAACCCGACAAGACCACCAUGGACAAUAUUGAUUGGGAAGCAGAGUCUUGCCCGCCAGACAAUUCGACUCAGCUCACUUCCAGCACGCCGCGCAGCAAUUCACCCAAGGGGAUUCUCGUUACUGGCAGCACUGGACUGCUAGGGCAUCACUUACUCGACACGCUACUCGAGACGUUACCGGCGAGCAAGAUCAUAUGUGUGGCCGUGCGGAGGCUGACCGAACGACUGGAGACCAGAAAACUACCACCACCCAGCGGACGACUGGGCUAUUAUGAGGGAGACUUGCGACAACCCCUUCUAGGGCUCUCUCAACAGGCUGUAGACGCCAUUUUCGAUGAAGUAGAGGCGGUGAUCCAUGACGGCUCCGACACGUCGCAUUUCAAGUAUUACCAUUCUGUCCGCGAUGCCAACGUCGGGUCCACGUAUCAACUCUUACGCCUGUGUCUGCCGCGUGGAAUUCCGUUCCUUUACGUCUCAUCAGCCGGCAUAGCCCUGUUCGAAGGCCAAGGGCGAACCGAUCCAUUUGACUUCCCCGAGUCCUCGGUAGCGAGGGCUGGCGCCGGCCCCGCCCAGCUCCGGACGGUGCCCACGGCUACGGGUGCGGGAAAUGGGCCAGCGAAUGCAUGUUGGAACGCGCGAGACACGGACGACGAAACGGCCGAGGCCGAGUUUGACUGGGUCAACUCGCUCCUACGCUACGCGCACCGCAUCAAGGCUGUCCCUCAGGUCGAGCACACGCGUGGCGCUUUCAAUUUCGUCUACGUCUGGUCCAUCUGCGCGGAUAUCAUCCGCCCCUUAGUGGAAGACGAUGAGCCGUCUCAACGCAAAGUUACCUAUACUAACAAUGUUGGUGAUUUUGUACUGCCCCUGGACCGGUUGCCUGAUAAUGGCGAGGACUAUGAGAUGCUUCUGAUGGGAGAUUGGACCAGGAAGGCUAUUGCAGCGGGUUUGCAUCCCGCCGUUGCAGCUUUGAUUGAAUCAAUUAAUCAUCCCGGUGCGACUACUUUUCCUAAUUCUCAACGGGCUCGACGACGUGGUCAGGCACAGGCAAAGUCAGCCUAG